AUGUAUACUCUCACGGGACAUGGAAAUAUUGUACGCCAGGAAAAUCUCCAAUUGCCUGCCAACACGAAAUCUCACACCUUUAAAAUAAGACCCUCCAUAGAGAUGAUUCCCAAUUCCCAUCUUUUCGUCUACUAUAUUGUGAAUGAUCAAUUUAAUUAUUGUGAAUUGACAAUACAUCUGCCAAAGACAUUUGAAAAUAAGGUAUCCCUUAUGGGUCCAACACGCGUCAAGCCUGGUCAAAAUAUUACCCUAACCUUAAAAGCCGCUGUGAAUUCUCGUGUAUCCAUAGCUGCGGUCGAUAAAAGUGUUCUUCUGCUGAAUUCGAAAAAUAUUCUACAAAAGGAUCACAUCAUGAACGAUUUGUUGGAUGAUAAAUCGUAUACCCCACCCCGAAUGCAGGGGAGCGCCCUAAUGUUAUCCCCCGAUGUUCAAACGGGUCUGGUCAUACUGACCAAUGCCAAAUAUCAAAAAUAUUACUAUAUGGAAAUCGAAAAAAGUAUACUAGAUCCCACAUACUAUCGUGUCGAUUUUCCCGAAACAUGGCUUUAUAAGGAUCUUGAAAUCACCCAACCAAAUACCCCUCUAAGUGUUAAGGUUCCUGACACCGUUACAACCUGGGAGCUGAGAGCCUUCUCGGUUAAUGAUGAAACCGGUUUUGGCAUGCUAGAAGAAAAUCUAGAAAUUCAGGCAUUCCAGCCAUUUUUCAUAAGCAUCAAUCUACCAUAUUCGGUAAAGCGUGGAGAAACUGUCAAUAUUCCGGUGACAAUUUUCAAUUAUCUGAAGGAUGAGCUGCAUAGCAAUGUGACAAUGAUACGGAAGGAGGGUGAUUUUGAAUUUCUAGAUAAGGAAGAUAAUGCAUCCGCAGGACAGUUACAGAGAUCUCUGCAGUUGAAUGUAACGGCCAACAAUGCCAGAAGUACCAUAUUUGCGAUACGCCCCCAAAGGGUUGGCGAUGUGGAUAUUGAAAUAAUAGCCAGUAAUGGGUUAAUAUCAGAUCGAGUUAUACACAAAUUAAAAGUUGAACCUGAGGGUGUGGUCCACACCCACAAACAGGAGGCGCUUAUGUCCCUGGCCAAACUGCAAAGUAAUAAAACUAUUUUCACAGCAGAUAUACCCAAGGGAAUUGUACCCCGCUCGGAAUUCUUAGAAUUGACAGUUAGUGGUGAUGUUAUGGGCAGCACCUUGGAUAAUCUUGAUAAUUUGGUUAAAAAACCCAAGGGUUGUGGUGAACAGAAUAUGAUUUACUUGGCUCCGAAUAUUUUAAUUCUGGACUAUCUACAGUCUCUGGAGGUUAUAUCGGCGAAUGCCAGCAACCUUGUGAUGGAAAAGGCUAAAAAAUAUUUGGAUAUUGGUUAUCAGCAACAGCUGUCGUAUCGCCAUUCGAAUGGUGGUUUUAGUGUUUUUGGUCCCGACUCAAGUACCGAAAGUAAUUGGCUAACGGCCUAUACUGCACGCUUCUUUAUGAAGGGUCAACAAUAUUCGGCCAUUGAAAAUGUGGUCAUUGAUGAUGCCCUGAAAUAUCUUAGCCAACAACAGCUGGAGGACGGCAGCUUUCCGCAUAGGGGUUUCCUAUUCGAUCCGGCCCAUCAAAAUCAGUAUGGCUUUACGGCUUUUGUUCUAUUGACAUUUUUGGAAAGUCCGAAAUAUGCCAAGAAAUAUCGAAGUACCAUUGCCAAAGGAAUGGAAUUUUUAAACAAACAUUACAAGGAUGUGCAGGACAUUUAUUCGAUGGCGAUUAUGGCCAAUACAUUUCAAAAGUCUGGCAACAUCAAUGCCAAUGAGAUUUU